AUGCCUGGCCAACUUGCGGAACCUGUCAAGAAAACGGGUCGACAUGCAGUUAUCCUGACCCGACCGUCAAUCAUGCUUCGUCAGUUCGAUCCAGCUGGUUUGACUAUUCUUGAUCGGUUGAAUUACCUGAUCGACAUAGUUGAGUCUAAUGAGACUGCAAAAGAAGGGCAAACCGAUGUCACCUCGGCCGUUACGGACAAUGGACCCAACGGUCAAGAUGCUGAAGCGUCGUCAAUUCCCGAAACCGUCUCUGAUACGGUGGGAACCACCAGUAGCCUCAAACAACCCGUACGAGCCUCACGCGGCGAUAACCUCAAUAGUCAUCUCCCACAAUACUUUCACGGCUCCAGCGAGGACAUCUUGGACUGGCCCAUAUCCCAGUCUAGACACAACCGAGAGCAGAUUGAAAGACUUAUAUUCGACCCUGCUCUGCAUUCUGAUCUUGAAUAUUCCAGCCCGGCCGCCCGCUCCGUCUUCUCUCCCAUUUCGCCGAGGGAUGCGUUAGAAGAACCCCGACGCCGCCUGAGUACAACGCGAGGCAUCCGUGAAGAGGAUGUUUCAGAGCUAGUGGAGAGAUUUCUGACAAAUGUUCAUACAAAGAACCCUAUACUUGACCCCAAUGGUUUGAGGGGAAUGGUCAAGUCCAUUGCGGGAGAAGGUUUCGGUUGGGACGCUCGCACAUGUUUGGUGCUUCUAGCUUGUGCGUGCUCUGCUAUCUCUUCACCAUUUAUCCGAACAAGUAUCACGGGCCGUAGGCUGUAUAACUGUCUCGUCGAUACCCCGGAGUAUGCAACGGCAGAGGCAUACUAUGAUGCCGCACGAAAACGCAUUGGUCUGCUCACCAACACACAGUUGGCGACAGAAUGCCAUUUUGUUGCCGGAGUCUAUGAGAUGUAUUCGAAGCGGCCCCUUCGGGCAUCCAUCUCCUUCAACAGAGCUUGCGUCGCCUUCCAAGCAUUGACGUGGAUGCGAUCCGAGCACUGCCUAGAUGGAAGCCGAUUGGAAAAGGCUCAGAAAAGUCGACUUUACUGCGAGAUCAUGGUGGAGCUGCGCUUCCCUGCGUCCGGACUCACUACACUCAACUAUACCCAAGCCUUUCCACCACCUCCUGGGGUUUCUAGAGAGGCCCAUCGUUCGUGGCAUCCAUCAGAAGACAACCAAGCUGAUACUGUCAGUGCGGGCAAUCUCGAGCCCGAGCAAGAAAGAUCUUGGUAUUACUACUUGGCGGAUAUCGCAGUCCGUCGCAUCCUUCAGAGAGUAUUUGAUUUGUUCUACCGAUCAUCUCAUCACGUCUGGCUGCAAGAGGACUUUUCGCGACUGAUUUGGUCAGCGGAGGAGCUGGACCAGCAGUUGACCCAGUGGUGUGACAACCUCCCAGAGCCUGUUGCAUUCCGCCAUGACAGCAUGUUCACCCUUCCUAACCAAUUCCUGCUGAAGCUUGACGCCAAUGUCGACUACUUCAAAACCUACCACUGCCCGCUUGGCAUGGUGCGAGUGACGGUGGAAAAGGCAUGGGGCUUUGCGGAGGAGGCCAAGUCAUCCGCGAAAAGGCUGUUCAGCAAGUUGACUCGGGCCGCUCCAGACUGCUAUGCCAAGGUCGAUGUGGGUGGAGAGGCACCGUGGAAGACAGCCACGAAGAACAACACGAACAGCCUAACGUGGAACGAGACGCAUGAUUUUGUGGUCAGUGAUAUGGAUCAGUGUAUCAAGGUGGAUGUGGAAGACGAAGACAUCAACGGAGAUGAUGAAGUCGGCCUUGCGGUGACAACAGUUCGAGAGAUUUUGGUGGCUGGAGGUCGACAAGAACUGCCAUUGGUUCACAAAGGGGAGGAAACAGAAGGCAGGGUCUCAAUCUCCUGCCAAUUCUUCAAGUACGUGGCCGAUGCCGGCAGCCUCACUGCUUCCGACCACAAAGGCGAUGGUCGCGUCUCCGGCAUAGCUACCAUCCUGGUUGCAAGCGUAUACGGCAUAAAGGGCCAGCGUGAAGACCUGAAGCCAAGCGUUGUAGUGACUUGGGGCAAGACUCAACGGUUCCAGACCGUCGUCAGGGCAGAUGCUCCCGGUACCGACAUCAGCAAUCCCGCGUUCGACCAGGCUUUCCGAGUUCCCAUUACAACAGACUCGGUGGGUAGCAGUCCGGACGACUUUCGUAUUGCACUUCUGGACGGCGAGAAGGAGAUCGGAGGUGUCGAUAUACCUUUUGCGAGUGUGGCGAACACACCGGGUAAGAUCCUUCAGCAGAAAUUUGACGCUGGUAAUGGGGCCACCGUCAGAGCUAGCAUUCGCCUGAGAGGCAUCGUUCCCGAAGAAAUGCCAAAGGCAGCGCUUGCUGACAGAAGCAAGCAGUGA